AUGUCCGCUAAACCCGCUAAGCUCCUGCCGGUUUUCUUCCUCCUCUCAGUGUUUCACGCUUGUUCUAGAAAGGUUGAAGAGGAUGAAUAUGAAGAUGGAACAACUAACCAAAAAUGGGUUUUAGCUCCAAAAACACAAGACACAGAUGUGACUCUCAUACUAAACAAGCUGUUGCGAGAGUAUGACAAAAAGCUGCGUCCAGAUAUUGGAAUAAAACCAACAGUUAUUGAUGUUGACAUUUAUGUCAACAGCAUUGGUCCUGUAUCAUCAAUAAAUAUGGAAUAUCAAAUUGAUAUAUUUUUUGCCCAGACGUGGACAGAUAGCCGUCUUCGCUUCAACAGCACCAUGAAAAUACUGACUCUGAACAGCAACAUGGUUGGCUUGAUUUGGAUCCCAGACACAAUAUUUCGAAACUCAAAGACGGCAGAAGCUCACUGGAUCACCACCCCCAACCAACUCCUCCGCAUAUGGAAUGAUGGCAAGAUCUUGUACACUCUCAGGCUUACCAUCAAUGCCGAGUGCCAGCUGCAGCUUCACAACUUCCCAAUGGAUGAACACUCCUGCCCUCUGAUAUUCUCUAGCUACGGCUACCCUAAAGAGGAAAUGAUAUACAGAUGGAGGAAAAAUUCUGUGGAGGCUGCUGACCAGAAAUCUUGGAGACUCUAUCAGUUUGACUUUAUGGGUCUCAGAAACACUUCAGAAAUUGUGAAAACCUCUGCAGGUGACUAUGUAGUCAUGACUAUAUACUUCGACUUAAGUAGAAGAAUGGGAUACUUCACUAUUCAAACAUACAUUCCCUGUAUAUUAACAGUUGUUCUUUCCUGGGUAUCCUUUUGGAUUAAAAAAGAUGCCACACCAGCAAGAACGGCAUUAGGCAUCACAACUGUAUUGACCAUGACAACUUUGAGCACCAUUGCAAGAAAGUCACUACCCCGUGUGUCCUAUGUCACCGCUAUGGAUUUGUUUGUCACUGUAUGCUUUCUAUUUGUCUUUGCUGCUCUGAUGGAGUAUGCAGCCCUCAACUACUACUCAAGCUGCAGGAAACCAAACUGUACUAAGAAGAAAAAGUCGCUACCUGAUGUCAGUUUUGGGCAUGUGAUGAAUUAUUCUGUACUUGAUAUGAGACCACCAACUACAGUCAUCACAUUGAACAAUGCCAUGUAUUGGCAAGAAUUUGAAGAUGCGUGUGUCUAUGAAUGUCUGGAUGGGAAAGACUGCCAGAGCUUUUUCUGUUGUUACGAAGAGUGUAAAUCAGGCUCAUGGAGGAGAGGACGGAUUCACAUAGACAUCUUAGAACUGGACUCUUACUCUAGGGUCUUUUUUCCUACAUCCUUCCUGCUGUUUAACUUGGUCUACUGGGUUGGAUACCUCUAUCUUUAA